UUUUGAAUUUUGAUUCUAAUGAAUAACAACAAUAAAAACUGAAAAAUAGCUUUUUAUGUUUUAAGCAUUAUAAGGAAAAAACUAAAACUCCCAAGUACCUAUAACAUAUUCCUUAACAAAAACGCCAAAUUUUGUAAAAACCUAAUCAAUGUUAGCCUAUUUUUCAUUUUUUGUGUUUCAGUUUUCAUGUGAACAGUAUUGAUUAUAAUGUAGUGCAUACAAAAGCGUUUCCAAAACAAGUCAAAAAGCAAACAGAGUAAACGCUAAAGAAAAUCCAAUAAUUAAUCCUUGAGUUCAGUUGCACAGGAACAAGGUAAUAUUUAGGUUUAAAAUAUUAUAUUUUUUGGUGAAAAUAAAAUAAGAUUGGACAUCAACUGGAAGUUUGACCAAUGACCAAGACCACUCUUUUAACUAUUUAUCCCUUUUUUAUCUAGAAUGAACAGUUUGUAUUUUCUUGAUUUUAAGGAAAAAUAGAGAACUGCGAGAAUGAAACUGUUAAGGCUUCUAGCUUUGAUUGGACUUAUUUCUGUUGAAGAAGAAACCGAUAAAUCCAAGUUCAAAAUGUUCUCCCCAAGGAGGGCAAUUUCCUACAUGAUAUGGAUUGGUGUCCCAAUUGGCUGUUUAAUUUUUCAAUUAAUAUUUCCUUAUUUGUCUUAUUCAUCAUGGUCUGCAUUCUUUUCCUUAGAUGCCUAUAACUUGGCAAGUAAAUCUAUGAUUUUAUCUAGUGGUGUCUUACUUCUUCUAAUUCCGAGGUUAAUGACAAACUUGGUCGAUAAGUCCAAGAUAGACCUGGAUACAACCACGACAAUCAAGAAAAAUAUUAUCACAAUAAUUUCUUGUAUAACUGCCGUAGUAUUCAACAUCUUUUUAGUAACUGUAAUGAUGUUACCACUAGCCUCGUCGAUGAAAUUUGCUUUUCUUAAUUUAGUGAUGACGAUAAUAACAUUUUGUGUUCUAACAUUAGGGAUUCUUAGCCUACUUCUGACCAUUCAGCUCAUUUGUGACGAUUUUAAAGAUCGAGUUUUGGAAUUGGGAAGACUUAAACAUGCUAAAACUUUGAUCUGGCAGCAAACCGAGCUCGUCAAGACAUUCAGAAAUAUUAAAGAAGGUUUGAGUCCAAUCCUCUUUAUUAUUAUCUUGCUAUUGGGUCUAACUACACUCUUGCUAUUCUUCGCCGUUAAAUCACUAUUAGCUAAUGGUCUUGUCGUUACUUUGAAUAUCAGUAACGGAAUAUUAGCUCUUGCAAUCCUUUAUAAACUAACAUCUCAGUGUCAUCAGACAUUUAGAGUUCUCUCUACAAACAAUGAUCAUCUCAGAUUAGUUUGCAAGGACAGCACAGAUUCAGAGAAGUUUGAAAUAUUAGCAGUUCUAUCAAUGAUCGAACAGGAAGGAGGAUUCACAGCGUUAAACUUCUUUACAGUGGACAAAUCAACCUUUAUGAGUAUUGUUAGUAACGCAAUUGCAUAUCUUGUAAUAAUACUGCAGUUCUAAUUGCAUAUCUUGUAAUAAUGCUGCAGUUCUAAUUGCAUAUCUUGUAAUAAUGCUGCAGUAACAUCUCAUAAUGAUAUUUCAGUUCUAAUUGCACAACUUAAAAUAAUACUACAGUUUUAAAAACAUAACAUUGUUAAUUUUAAUUGCUUAUCGUAUACUAAUCAUGCCGGUGGUGAAAAAAUCGACAUUUUAUUCAUUAAUAUAUUUGUUGAUAAUAUUGAUAUUUAUACUUUCACUUAAUCUUCUUGAUGUAACUUAAAAAUUGACAACGACGGGCUAGAUUUCAAAAUUUAGAUGUUUAAAUAGUUUCAGUUUUAUUCAAUACCCGAUUAGAACACUUUUUAUGUUGUAACACAAACGAUUAUUUCAAGUAGAAGUUGUAUA